GUCGGAACGCACGAAUCGGUAUUCGACAAUCGACCGGGCAGAUCAAAAUAAGUGAAUACGAAUAUCUAGUUUACACUUCGAAUAGCGCAGAAGCCGAGACCGGAGGAAUCCGUGGGAGGACUUCCACCCGAAAAGAAAAACGACCAAGACAUCGUCUCGACGAAAAACAAUGCGCCCCGGUCUCCUCACUGCUCUAAACCUCUUCGGUGCCAUCUGCACCCCUCGACGGGCUUACCCACCAGGUCGGGAUGUCCUCUUCUUUCGACCAGCUCCGGCCCAGGUUGCCCGCGAGGUGUCCGACGCGCUGGAUGAGCGAAAAGACCUUGUUGCCGGGGCUGGCGUUGAGCUUGAGCCCCGCCGUGUGCAGCAGCCCAAAGACCGCCGCCUUGCCCUGGGUGUUUCCCUCCAGGCGAUCAACCACCGCACCAACCUGCUCGUAGACGAUCUUUCCCUCCGGGUUCCAGACGACGCAAAAGGUGGCGACGGGGGCUUCCAUCUCGUUGCCGGUGGCCGGGUAGAUCGUCCCGAAGUUGUUCAUGUCCCCCGUGUUGGUUCCCCUCCACCGCUGCAUGUAGAAGCACCGGUAGGGGUUUUCGGGGUCGAUCGAGAACCCAAAGGAAUCGAUUCGAAUGUCCGGAAAGGCGCUGCGGAGGUCCAGACCUUUUUGGCCCUCGACCAGGUCUUUCCGGUUGAUGGGCCCGAUCACGGGGCCCCUCAGAACGUAGUCCUCGGCGUACCAUUCCUCGUUCAGGCCCGCGUCCUCUGUCUGCUUCGCAACGUAGGUCUUGGUUUUCUCGAGGACGUCGAACUUCGGAUUCUUGUCGAAUUUCAGGUAUUCGAACAUGGGAGAUUUGGAGAUUUCCCCGCUGGCCGAUUUUGCGGCAGCGGACGCCGGAGUCUGGGUGGAAAAGGCGGAGGCGUUGCUCGCUAGAAACGCCACAACAACGCCGGUGAAAAUGCGGGGCGAUCGAAUGGACACCAUGGUUUCGUUCUUGCCGUGCCGUUUUCUGUUCGAUGGAAUGGAUUGGGUUGUUUUGUUUUGUGCUGUUGUGUGGAAACAAUACCGAAGGUGAGGUGCAGGUKGUAGGAUACCGA